AUAUUGUUGUGAAAUAUCGGUCAGCUGGUGCGUUUGUUGUGUCCGGGAAGCGACUUCCGUCCCUGGCUGAUCAACGUGACCGCGAGUUUUCACUUCACCGCAGCUUCAAAAUAUCUCACUCGCCAACACCAUCCUCAGCGAAUUAUCUCACUCGUUUUCACAGUAUUCGCCUGGCAUAUCACACAAUCCUUAUAAUCCCAGGCGGGCAAUCAAACAUGGGGAGAAGUCGCAGACCGCCAAACCGCUUCAGUCGACCGGGAAGUCACAAUCCAGCUUCUCAGGCGCGGUCAGACAAUGCAUACGCAAGCCUCGCUGGCGUAAACCAAGAUGAUGGUCAGAUGAACGCUCAUAUCCAUGAGCGAUUUGGGGAUCUCUCCUUCCGUGAUGGCGGUGCUCAUGUUCCCAAUGACAAUAUUCCUACUUCAGGGCCCUCACGAGCAAACAACGAUAUCCGCCAGUACUUUGAGCUAGCGAGGAAGCCCGUUGCAGGUGGCGCAUGGCUCGACAAACCGGAGAUACCAAGCCCUGCAGAAAUCAUGCCUGAGAGAAAGCAUGAUUUCAGCACAGGACAUCAGAAUCUCAUCGAUAUAGAUGGUCUUCGUCCGCACAGGGUCAAAGGAGCCUACGAAAGCAACGAAGAGUAUCUGUCGACAAAAUACGAGCUGAUGCGUGAGGACUGUAUUAGGGACUUCCGCGAGUGCGUGGAGGAGGUUCGUGUGGAUCCUUACAAAUUGGAGAGCGAGUAUACAAACCAGAGCAUUGGGAUAUAUGAUCCGGUGUACAUCAGGUCUCUAAUCUUCUCGCCGCGAGGGCUAGCAACACGCGUCGCCUUCUCCCUCAGUCGAGUGAAAAAGCACGUUCGAUGGGAUCAAUCCAAGAGACUCAUCACAGGUACGCUUGUGGCUCUAUCGCCCAGCGAGGACGCUUUCCAAAAGAUUUGUAUUCUUGCUACAGUGGCAGCUAGACCGCUCUCCGCAUUGGAAACCAAUCCACCAGAAAUCGACCUCUUCUUCGCUCGCCCAGAAGAUCAGGAGAUCGAUCCGAUGAAAAAGUGGAUUAUGGUGGAAUGUCGCUCUGGCUUUUUCGAGGCCAGUCGGCAUACCUUGCUUGCACUUCAGCACAUGAUGCGAGAACCCUUCCCUUUGUCAGAUUAUCUUGUUGAUGUCAAGAAGGAGGUGGAGCCUCCGGCGUACAUUCAACAUAACCCUCAUAUGAACCUGAGCUCCCUUGUCAUGAUGAAAGAUGCUGGCGAGUUCGAAAAUGUCAACAUCUUAGAGGACUGGCCUGCUUCCUCUUCGCAUUCUCUGGACAAGUCUCAGUCUCGAGCGCUUCGGCACAUGCUUAGUAGGAGCCUCGCAAUCGUCCAAGGUCCACCAGGUACUGGAAAGACUUUCGUAAGCAUUACGAACCUCAAGGUGAUGCUCGAUAAUCUACGAAAAGACGACGCCCCUAUCAUAGUCACAGCUCAAACGAAUCAUGCUGUUGAUCAGAUCCUGCGACAUGUUAUGGAGUUCGAAACCAACUUCAUUCGCUUGGGAGGAAGGAGCAAAGACAAAGACAUCAAGAAGCGCACUUUGUUUGAGGUUCGCUCUGGAAUCCCUCCUCAAAAACAACCGGGCAGUCAGAAAAUCCAAGCCACAAUCCAGAUGAGAAAACUGACCGGCGAAUGCCAAUUGCUUCUUGCGCCGCUGGAGCUGAAGCAGUCACCACUCGACCAUAACGUUCUUCUUCAAUUAGGAAUUAUAACUAAAGAUCAAGCGGCAUCAAUGGAGAUGGAAUCGCAGUCCACGAUGGGAAUAAAUACAGCCGAAGGUCCUGGAAUCUUCAUGGAAACUUGGGCAGGACGAUACCUCGACUCUUGCACUCGACCAGUCAUCCCUGACGACUUUGAUUGGGGCGGAUAUGAGGAGGAAGACUUCGAUGAGGUCGAGCAAUUGCAAGAGCUUGAAGCAGAAGCGGUUGCACGGGACGACGACGAUAUCGAGGCCCUGAAAGGCCCAGUGAUGUUGCUCAGCGAUAACCAUACAGGCAAAGGUGAUAUAUUGACUCCUGCCAAAAUCAAAACGCUUCUCCAGACAACGAGCGACCUCACCACGAUCGAAUCACGAUACCGCGGCGCAGUUUACAACUACUUCAUGCGGGAGGUGAAACGACUUCUCACCAUCAGAAUCCGUGAGCUCGCUACACGGUACGAACAAGCCGCAUUGCAGCGAAAGGUCGGUCUUUGGGAGGAGGAUGUUCGCAUUUUGCGCGAUCAACGCCUGAUCGGAUGUACUACCACGGGCUUGAGCAAGUACCGUGCUCUACUUUCAGGCCUCCGCCCACGUGUGGUUUUGGUCGAGGAAGCAGCAGAGACCCAGGAAGCGUACGUCACCGCAGCAUGCUUUCCGACUCUAGAACAUCUUAUUUUGGUUGGGGACCAUCAACAACUGCGCCCGCAUUGCCAGAAUCGCGCUUUUGAAGACGCGCCAUAUUUCCUCAAUCUCAGUCUCUUUGAACGCCUUGUUGAAAACGACGUUGACCACGAUGCUCUCAUGAGGCAACGACGCAUGAUUCCAGAGAUACGACGACUGUUGUACCCUAUUUACGGGGACAACCUGAAAGACCAUGACAGUGUGAAGGACAGCAGCAAUCGCCCACCUGUAGAAGGAAUGGGAGGCAACAACUCGUUUUUCUUCUGUCACGACUGGCCUGAAGCCCGGGAUGGCAACAUGUCCUCGUUAAACUCGAGAGAGGCGAACAUGCUUGUUGGUUUGUUUGAUUACCUUGUCCUUAACGGUGUCGAUUCGAGCACAAUCACGGUCCUGACUUUUUACAAUGGCCAGCGAAAAGAGAUAAUCAGGAAGCUCAGAGGACAAGCCAACCUUCGAGCAGUCCCAGGAUCGCAAGUCGUUACAGUCGACUCGUACCAAGGAGAAGAGAACGAUAUCGUUCUGUUAUCGCUUGUCCGCAGCAACAAAAACCACAGCAUUGGAUUUUUGUCUUCCGACAACCGCGCCUGUGUUGCUCUUUCUCGUGCCAAGCGCGGAUUCUACAUAUUCGGCAACGCAGAGCUGUUGGCAUGUGAGUCUGGAACGUGGGGCUCCGUGGUUGACAUCAUGCUUGGUAGCAAGACCAAAGUCAAGGUGAAGGUUGGUCAGAAGCGCCGAGUCGGCUACCACCUUCCCCUUGAGUGCCAGAACCAUGGGAACAAGGUUUGGAUGGAAGACCCUAGCGACUGGGAGAGCAUCAAAGGCGGAUGUGACCGUCAAUGUGGAGGUCAGCUGCCGUGUGGUCACAAGUGUCCUUAUAGGUGCCACCCCUUCGAACACGAGCAAGUUAACUGCAUGCAACAAUGCUCCAGACACGUAGAAUCAUGCGGCCAUCGCUGUGUUCAGAUUUGCUGCGAUCCGUGCAGAUGCCAGAUCUGCGACCGGCGUACCAACGGCAUGAAACCUGUGUUGAAGCCUACGCCUAAUAGGCCAAAGGGACCUUCCACAAAACACAACCUCUCGUUUGAUAAUACCUACCAAACGCCUUCAAACCCAGUGGCCUCUUCCAUGAGUCACGCAGGAUCAGGCAAUAGAGCAAGGGAAUGGCAGGCCUAUACUAAUGGGGGAGCACAAGCCGACGAUGCCCGAGCGUUGCAGAUGAGAAAGGAACAGGAGGCAGAAUUCCAAAAGACUAUAGCCGAUGCUGGGCAAGUUGCUGGCUUUCGUUCCGCAUCUGCAGGCGCUUCCUCUACACCUGCCAGACUGGCCGAAGCCUCACCGGCGAAUGGAACGGUAUCGAGUAACACCCGUUUGUUGAUCGAUAUCGACGAGAAUGUGGAUACCUUCCCGUUAGCAAACGCUGCCUCGUCGAAAGCCAAAGGAAAGGGCAAGGAUGUGUUUGAUCUGAUGGACUAGCAUCCAUGAGGUGUUAGGCACAUGAACAAGUGGUGGGGAGGUGGUCAUCCAGUAAGGUCAUGUGGCAUGGCGAGCUUUUUCCGGUCUGAGCAUGAUGGCUAUGGCUUUGGUAACGGAGGUGGGUGUUUACACGGUUCG